AUGUUUCCACAAAUGAAGUUUCGAGUAUCCGGAUUGGAUGCGAAAGCAAAAUAUAUUUUACUACUGGACAUCGUUGCCGCAGACGACUACCGAUAUAAGUUUCACAACAGUCGGUGGAUGGUUGCCGGGAAAGCGGAUCCAGAAAUGCCAAAAAGGAUGUACAUACACCCAGAUUCGCCCUCAACGGGGGAGCAAUGGAUGCAGAAGGUCGUCUCCUUCCACAAAUUGAAGUUGACGAAUAACAUCAGCGACAAGCACGGUUUCAUAACAGUCGGUAAAGCAGUAUCAUUUUCAAAAAAGCUUCCGAAACUAACAUCCUACACCCGACUGCGUUUACAAGACCGCGAUCCAAUCAUAGAUAAUGCGUUUUUUUCCCGUGUCAAGUCUUUUGUCUUUGACGAGGGGUAA